AUGAUAUAAUAGAUUAAAAGAUAUAACAAAUUAGAAGAAUUUUUAAGCUCUUCAAAUUUACCUCAUUAGAUUCUCCAUAUUGAUCUGGGGUUUAAUUCUAUUGGUGAUGAAGGUGUAUCAGGCUUAGGUUCAGCUUUAGCAAAAUGCAUUACUCUCUCAAAUUUGACACUUAACCUUCGGUUUAAUUAUAUUGGCGAUGAAGGUGCAUCAGGCUUAGGUUCUGCUUUAGCAAAUUGCAUUAAUCUCUCAAAUUUGACCCUUGACAUUAGUAUGAAUGAAAUUGGUGCAAUUGGUGCAUCAGACUUAGGCUCUGCUUUAGCAAAUUGCAUUAAUCUCUCAAACUUGACAUUUGACCUUUAUAAGAAUGAAAUUGGUGCAAUUGGUGCAUCAGGCUUAGGUUCUGCUUUAGCAAAUUGCAUUAAUCUCUCAAAUUUGACACUUGAACUUGGGUUUAAUUAUAUUGGCGAUGAAGGUGCAUCAGGCUUAGGUUCUGCUUUAGCAAAUUGCAUUAAUCUCUCAAAUUUGACCCUUUGGAUUGGGGGAAAUUAAAUUGGCGAUGAAGGUGCAUCAUGCUUAGGUUCUGCUUUAGCAAAUUGCAUUAAUCUCUCAAAUUUGGCACUUUACCUUUAUGAAAAUUAAAUUGGCGAUGAAGGUGCAUCAGGCUUAGGUUCUGCUUUAGCAAAUUGCAUUAAUCUCUCAAAUUUGACACUUAAACUUUGUGAAAAUUAAAUUGGCGAUGAAGGUGCAUCAUGCUUAGGUUCUGCUUUAGCAAAUUGCAUUAAUCUCUCAAAUUUGACACUUGAUCUUGAUAAGAAUGAAAUUGGUGCAAUUGGUGCAUCAGGCUUAGGCUCUGCUUUAGCAAAUUGCAUUAAUCUCUCAAAUUUGACACUUUACCUUUAGUUUAAUUAUAUUGGUGAUGAAGGUGUAUCAGGCUUAGGUUUAGCUUUAACAAAAUGCAUUAAUCUCUCAAAUUUGACACUUGAACUUGAUGAAAAUUAAAUUGGUGCAAUGGGUGCAUCUGGCUUAGGUUCUGGUUUAGCAAAAUGCAUUAAUCUCUCAAAUUUGACACUUCUCCUUAUUAAAAAUUAAAUUGGCGAUGAAGGUGCAUCAGGCUUAGGUUCUGCUUUAGCAAAUUGCAUUAAUCUCUCAAAUUUGACCCUUGACAUUGGGGGAAAUUAAAUUGGUGACGAAGGUGCAUCAGGCUUAAGUUCAGUUUUAGCAAAUUGCAUAACUCUCUCAAAUUUGACACUUCACCUUGGUGAAAAUUAAAUUGGUGCAAUGGGUGCAACUGGCUUAGGUUAUGGUAUAGCAAAAUGCAUUAAUCUCUCAAAUUUGGCACUUUAUCUUUGGAGAAAUUAAAUUGGUGAUGAAUGUGCAUCAGCCUUAGGUUCAGCUUUAGCAAAAUGCAUUAAUCUCUCAAAUUUAACACUUUAUCUUAAGGGAAAUUAAAUUGGUGAUGAAGGUGCAUCAGUCUUAGGUUCAGCUUUAGCAAAAUGCAUUAAUCUCUCAAAUUUAACACUUUAUCUUAAGGGAAAUUAAAUUGGUGAUGAAGGUGCAUCAAGCUUAGGUUCAGCUUUAGCAAAAUGCAUUAAUCUCUCAAAUUUAACACUUUACCUUGAUAACAAUGAAAUUGAUGAUUAAGGAGUAUUAGGCUUAGGUUCUGCUUUAGCAAAUUGUAGUAAUCUCUCAAAUCUGACACUUUAUCUUGAUAAUAAUGAAAUUGGUGAUGCAUCAGGCUUAUGUUCUGCUUUAGCAAAUGGUACAAAUCUAACAAAUCUGACACUUUAUCUUAAUAGUAAUUAAAUUGGUGAUUAAAGUGCAUCAGACUUAGGUUCUGGUUUAGCAAAUUGCACUAAUCUCUCAAAUCUGGAACUUUAUCUUUAUAACAAUGAAAUUGGUGAUUAGGGUGCAACAGGCUUAGGUUCUGCUUUAGCAAACAGCACUAAUCUCUUAAAUUUGACACUUAGUCUUAGUAACAAUUAAAUUGGUGCAACAGGUGUAUCAGGCUUAGGCUCUGCUUUAGCAAAUUGUACUAAUCUCUCAAGUUUGAAACUUAGUCUUAGGUACAAUUAAAUUGGUGAUUAAGGUGCAUCAGGUUUAAGUUUAGCUUUAGCAAAUUGCACUAAUCUCUCAAAUUUGACCCUUGAUCUCGAGAAAAAUUAAAUUGGUGAUUAAGGUGCAUCAGGCUUAGGUUCUGCUUUAGCAAAUAUCACUAAUCUCUCAAAUUUGACACUUAAUCUUGAUAGUAAUUAAAUUGGUGCAACAGGUGUAUCAGGUUUAGGUUCUGGUUUAGCAAAUAGCGCUAAUCUCUCAAAUUUGAAACUUAGUCUUAGGUACAAUUAAAUUGGUGAUUAAGGUGCAUCAAGCUUAGCUUCUGCUUUAGCAAAUUGCACUAAUCUCUAAAAUUUGGAACUUUAUCUUUAUAACACUUAAAUUGGUGAUUAAGGUGCACCAGGCUUAGUUUCUGCUUUAGCAAAUUGCACCAAUCUCUAAAAUUUGACACUUAGUCUUAGGUAAAAUUAAAUUGGUGAUUAAGGUGUAUCAGACUUAGGUUCUGCUUUAGCAAAUUGUACUAAUCUCUCAAAUCUGAUGCUUGAUCUAGAUAACAAUCAAAUUGGUGAUUUAGGUGCAUCAGGCUUAGGUUCUGCUUUAGCAAAUUGCACUAAUCUCUCAAAUUUAACACUUUAUCUUGGGUACAAUUAAAUUGGUGAUUAAGGUGCAUCAGGCUUAGGUUCUGCUUUAGCAAAUUGCACAAAUCUCUAAAAUUUGGCACUUAAUUUUAUAAAAAAUUAAAUUGGUGUUAAAUGUGCAUCAAGCUUAGGUUCUGCUUUAGCAAAUUGCAUUAAUCUCUCAAAUUUGACACUUGACCUUAGUUACAAUUAAAUUGGUGCAAUGGGUGCAUUAGACUUAGGUUCUGCUUUAGCAAAAUGCAUUAAUCUCUCAAAUUUGACACUUGACCUUUGGGAAAAUUAAAUUGGUGAUGAAGGUGCAUCAAGCUUAGGUUCUGCUUUAGCAAAAUGCAUUAAUCUCUCAAAUUUGACAAUUUGCAUUAAUUACAAUUAAAUUGGUGCAAUGGGUGCAUUAGACUUAGGUUCUGCUUUAGCAAAAUGCAUUAAUCUCUCAAAUUUGACACUUUUCCUUGGGUAAAAACAGUUUAUUUGUUUUGGAUUGUGA